AAAUUUGCAUGCGUCCAUUGCUAUAAAAGGAUGUGACCAUAUUUAAAGCUGAUAAAGUUUACCAAUAAUGACGUCGAGAUGUGUCAUAGUGUUCAGUGAUUAAUAUGUUAGACACGAUUUAUGAAAAUAAUCGCUAAAAAGAUUUCAGUUAUGGGUGACAUAGAGGCACAAGUUUCUGAAAAUAUCAGUGAACCAAAUACUGCUUGUAACAUUCCGAAAUCAUCAAUAGACGUUCUGAAGGAAUCCAAACCAAGUGAGAACAUCGCAAUUAGUGAGCCGCAGGACAAACUUCACGACUCGUCAACAACAGAUACCGCCGUAGCGCCAUCGACUAUUAACGAAACAAUGCAAACCGCUAUAUUAAAAACCGCUUGUGAAUCAGAAAGUGAAAAAAUUAAUAAUAAUUUAGUUGAUGAACUCAAAAAUAACAAAACUGCCACUGAUGAUUUAAAAAGCACCACUGACUCAUGUAAACAAAAUGAAAAAGUGUCUUUGAAAAACAGAAGUGAUAUUUUCUCUUUAAACGAAAAUAAAAAUCUAGCACCCACAAUAUUUUCCGUUGGAGGAGCGCCAUCUAAAACUAUACAUUCGUCAUUUAAUAGUUAUUCAAAUAGAACAUCUUCAAAUGAUACGAUUGGAUCGAUCUCCAAACAAACCCAAUUCAGGAAUCCCCUAACAGGCAUCGGAGUUAGUUCCAACGAUGAAUUUAAAAAUAAACCGACGAAACGACGAGACGGUAAUCCACUACUUGGAGUUGGCUACAAAGACGACAAUGAAUUUUUUGGUACAACUACAACCCAGCGAAUCCCUCCAGGUGGAUAUUCAAAGGGCUUAUGGUAAAUGCAAAUGAGAACAAAAUUCCGUUACAGAUCAAUCAACAAUGACAAAUUUUUAGUUGUUACUUAUAUAAAAAUUACCUUCAUUGUCAUCUAGUGGAAACACUGAUAAUAAAAUUGU